AUGGCGGCCGCGGGGAACCACCGCCUUCUCCGCGCGGGGCACGCUGGGAGCGAGGCCGCGGGCCACGUGAGCGCGGUGCUGGCGGCCCUGGCUGUGCUGGGGCUCCUGGCGCUUUUGGCCGUGCUCUACGUCAAGUGUCGUCUGAGCGCGCUCCUCUGGUACCGGGACCGCUAUGGGGAGCUGGAGAUCAACGAUGGGAAGCUCUACGAUGCCUACGUGUCCCACGCCAACACCCCCGACGACAAGAAGUUUGUCCACUUCAUCAUGAAGCCGCAGCUGGAGAAUCGGCAUGGCUACAAGCUCUUCCUGGACGAUAGAACCAUCCUGUCCAACUCAGAGCCUUCGGCAGACCUUGUCAUGAACGUGAGCCGGUGCCGGCGCCUCAUUGUGGUCCUCUCGCUGGCGUAUCUGGAGCAAGAGUGGUGCCACGGCAGCUUCAGGGAAGGGCUUUGGAGGUUGCUGGAGCUUUCCAGGAAACCCAUCUUCAUCGUCUUCGAGAGCCAGUACCGGGACGUGGCGCACCCAGCCAUCAGCCUCCUGAAGCAGCACAGGAGCGCCGUGACCUUGCUGACCCCGUCAUCAGACUUCUGGAAGGAGCUGUGCCUGGCGCUGCCCCGCAAGGUGGCUUUCCGGGCCACCAUGGGAGACCCGCAGACACGGCUGCAGGAGGACAAGGACCCCAUGCUGAUCCUGCACAGCAGCGACCCGGAGAGCCGCGCUGACCCGCACCCCCAUGGAGACCUG